UCCUGUCCAAACAGAACGUGAGCAUUUAGCUGCCUGUCUGUCGGUGCGCCGCUUGGUGCUAAACUGAUUCAUGUUGUUUUUUUAGCCACGCGUCCCUUUAAACUAGACUAUUUUAUCGAAGAAUGAGCGAUAACGAUGAUAUCGAAGUCGAUAGUGACGAAGACUCACCGAGAUAUCACUCUGUGGCAGACAAACGGGCACACCACAAUGCGCUGGAGCGCAAGCGUAGGGACCACAUCAAAGACAGCUUUCACAGCCUCCGGGACUCGGUACCCGCCCUGCAGGGAGAAAAGGUUGGUAAAGCUCAGCCUGCAGGUCCCUCCAGGCACAUAACGACCCAUCAGUCUACCAAACAGGCGUCUCGAGCCCAAAUCCUAGACAAAGCCACAGAGUACAUCCAGUACAUGAGGCGAAAAAACCACACGCACCAGCAGGAUAUCGACGACCUGAAGAGGCAGAACGCGCUGCUGGAGCAGCAAGUCCGCGCUCUGGAAAAGGUGAAGGGCUCCGCCCAGCUCCAGGCCAGCUACUCAUCGUCUGACAGCAGCCUGUACACCAAUCCCAAAGGCAGCGCCGUGUCGGCGUUCGACGGCGGUUCCGACUCCAGCUCGGAGUCUGAGGCGGAGGAGCCGCCCAACAGGAAGAAGCUGCGUGUGGAGGCCACUUAGAGAGCUGAGCGGGUAAAACCUGGCCAAGGUCGAGGCGGCGGGGCACACGGGAGGGCGAGAGGGUACGUGGCCUUCAAAGCUCUCGAGGCUCACCUCCCCCUCCCCCCUUCAUGCCAACAACACCCGCCCCCCUCCUCCCUCGCCGUCCUCCUCAGUCUCUCCCCUCCAUCUCUGGGUGGGCUCGCUCUGGAGACUCAUGACCCCUCAAACCUCCACACACCGCCGCCACAAUCGUCUCUCUUCCCACCCAGUCUCAAUGAACAGGAGGGAGGAAGUCAGCAGGGUGGAAGAUGACUGCUUCAAUCCAUCAAGAGAGCUUCAGGUCCCCCCCCCCCCCCCCCCCCCCCCAUCCCUCUCUGUCUCUAUUCUUUGGUUCUCCAUCAUUGGUAUUUCCCCUCUAGCAACGUCAACAAUCCAAAACCCAAAAAGAGGCAGCUUGGCUACUUAAAGGACUUGAUGCUUUUUUUGUACCCUCAAUAAAGCCCCUCCUCCUCCCUGGGUUGUUUUUGGGGGGAGAAGGGCGUGCCAGGUGUACUCCUCCAAGCACUGCUAUAUUAUAUAUUUUCUCUUUUUUUUUUUUUUGUUUAUUUUGUUAUUCUUGAUAAAAACCUGUUUAGAAUUUACACACACACACCUAGAUAAAUCGUCCUGGAGAAGUUUACCUUUUUAAAAUAUGAAAAUCAUUUGUAGCUUACUUUUUCCACUAAAGAAUGUGAAGACGCUUUGAAGCAAAUGUUAAAGUGAUACCCACCUCAGGCCCACUGGAUCGCAGAUGUUUUCUGCCUGACACGUUUGUUAACACAAGACGACAAAAAAAAAGAAAAGAAAAGUCGACUCCUUUGUUGAAAUUGAUGUUUUGAAGGAGAAUAUUCCUAAACUUGUAUCGUAUUUUGUCCUUUAGCUUGAAGUAGUUGAAUGACUUUAGGUGGCUGAAUACAUUAGGCAUCUCGUUUUAUAUAUUAUAAAAAGCAUUGAUUGGAUGUUUUCAAGUUCAAAAGUAUGUUAUGCAUUUUGUAGUAAUCUCACAAGUUAUGGGGAAAAUGCCAAUUUGUCACAUGUAGUUUUCCUUAAGGGUAUGAAAUAGGUAUUGAAUGUCAAAGGUAGCUCCCGUCUUUUGCAGUACAAGGAAGCGAAUUAAGUCCUUGUCGAUGUGUUGUGCUUUACACGGUAAAAAUCAAUGUUGCUGAAUCCCCCAAGGAAAAAAAAAGGAAGCAUUUUGCGUGUCUAG